UGCUUAAUAUUUGCAUAUAGCUUUUUACUCACAAACAAGACUGCCAUAUAGGUAAUCUAAGGUGUGUUUAGUGAAACUUGCUGAAGGUCACAGAACUAGGAUUUGCAGAGUCAGGACUCAGUUUAAGUCUUCUGAUUCCCAAGAUUGAUGCUUUUCCCACCACAUUUUAGUGUAUAUGCCACAAAUCUACUUUCUCCACUGAAGGAACUCAAGGACACACAAUAAAAAAGAUCUACUGUCCAUAAAGUUAACUCAGUCUUAUUUCCUGACACAGUUGUGGUAAAGAUCUUUGUAUUUUUUAAAUUGUUUAAUGCCCAGUCCUUAGGGCCAAUAAUUCCUAAUCAUUCAUACAUAAGGGGAAAAAGUGAAUGAAAAACAAAUCAUUCAAUUUAAAAUAUGUAGUCUGAUUGGCAAACCUUUGAAUAGUGCUGUUAGUAUCUUGGUCUUGGGAGGAUGCUGCAGAUAGACAGUGACAAGACCCACUUUGCCGUGAUCAUUCCCCAUACCUUGAAAACAUUCAUUCCUCACCUCAAACCUUUAGUUUCCAUGUUUUCCUUCAAUAGUUAACUUGAGGUCAAGCCUCCUAUGUGGUUUUUCUUGAUUUGAUUUGCCAAAUAGAAGCCAGCCUCUCUUCCCCUAUUCACCUUGUAUCUGUUUUAUAAUUACUCAUAUAUAAUAAUAGCUAAUAAUAACUGGCAUUUAUCCAGUGCUUAGUAUUGCCAGAUACUAUGUUAAGUUCUUUAUAAUUAUUAUAAAAUUUGAUAUAUAUACCUAUUGUUACUCCCAAUAAAAUUUAUUUCACUUCUGAAUUUCUAGCACCUAACACAGUGACUGAAACAUAAUAGAUGCUUAGUAAGUGCUUGUUGAUUAAUUGAUUGCAAUGCAGUGUGAUGGAUAGCCCAUUGAAUUGGCCCAUGAAUAUAUGGCUUUUGGCUAGGAACUACAGAAAGUCAGUGAGCUACAGCUAAAAUCAGUUAAGAAAUUUGUUGUCACAAAGUAUAUUUUAAAUGGAUUUUUCUUUAGUUUUUUUUUGUUUUAAUAUUUUCCUCUUAUAAAUAAAUAGUUCUCAAAAAAUUGAGGAAGUUUUAACAAGAUGAUGAAAUUCUGCUGGAGAACUCUAAGGAUAAGAGAAAUAUAAGAAAAAUUAACUAAGGUUUUUGCCUUACAUAGAACAAAAUAGCAUGACAACAAAAAUCAUCAAUGUUAGGGAUUAUGGACAGACUAAUCCAUUAUUGAUGGAAUGGUGAAUCAAUUUGUAAUUCAAAGAUAAUUACAAAAAUGUCUAUAACUUUGAUCCAAAGAUUCCACUAUUUGGUGUACAAACCAAGGUGGUCAAAGACAAAAAAGAAAUUUCUGAUAUAUACAUCAUAGCAUUUACUAUAGCAUAUUUUGUAGUAGCAAAGAAACUGAAGUUAAGAACAAUUUACCACAUGAAUUUAAAGGAAUAUGUAAUAAAUUAUGCACGUGAUGAAUACAGAAAAGAAUAGGAAGAGAUAUGAGGGGGGUACAAAGUGAAUUAAAUGGAAUUAGGAAAACAAUAUGCAUAAUCACAAUAUCAUAAAUGAAAAGCACAACAAGAAUUGAAAUAUAUUUUAUUACAUCCCUCUUAUUAUCCUCUUCCAGGAGAACUACCCGUUAUGAUAGAGAGUUAAAAUGAGCAAGAAAAACAAACAUUUUGAAAGAACUCUGUCAUUAAAAGUAGUUUCUUAUACCCAUAGUUCCUUAUUUAUACAAAGGUGUAUAUGAGGAAAGUCCUUUCACAUCUCUGCUUUGAGGUCAAACUUGUUUGUUUUGUUAUCAUUGCAUUCAUUUUCCAUAGCUAUCUUGUGGUCUUUAUGUUAUUGUAGUCAUGUAUAUUUCCUGAUUCCAUUUACUUCACUUUGUACUAGUUUGUAUUUAUUCCCAUAUUUUUCUGUAUUCACCAUUUUCAUGAUUUGUUACAUGUUCCUUUAAAUCCAUGUACUACAUUUUUCUUAACAUUUCCCCAAUCUAUGAGAAUUCAUUUAAUUGUAUGCCAAAAGCUGGAAGGUUUGAAACAAAGUUAUAGACAUUUUAGUAAUUUUGUUUGAAUUGUUGCAAAUUACUUCACCAUUUCAUCAGUGUUACGUUAGUUUUUCUACUACCCCUCUAACAUUAAUGAUUCCCACAGAGUUCUGAAGCAUAAUUUCAUUAACUUGUUAAUACUUUUCAAAUCUUUGGAGAAGUAUUUGUUUAUAUCCUUUGACUGUUUAAAUAAUUGACAAUUUGACAAUUGAUAAUUUGACAAUUCUACUCUUUAGGGGUAAGAUCAUCCUUGUUUUGUUUUGUUUUGACUCUAAACAUUUCUAAUGAAUCCAUUUAAAUGCAAAUUAUGAACCAUCAUAAUCUUAGGAGAAUUCAUCUAUUAAUUUAACUUAUUACAUGUUUAUCAUGUGUCAAGCACUGUAUAAUAUCUUACUGUAUAAAAUAUUUGAUUCUCAGGAUACAAAACUCAAAAUAAACCCCUGCAUUUAAAGCAUGGAAAAUGACCACUGCAAAGUGACCCAUGUUUGCUGACUUAUAUUAGGAGGGAAAUAGCAUGUACAUAGAGACUAUCUUUAGUAAAGCAAAUAUCUAUAAAGUAAAUCCAAGUGAUUCUGGGUAUAUGGACACUAACAAUUGGAGAUGGCAAUUAUGAAAGAACUUUUUGAUUAUAAGGUGCUGAAGUGAAGAGAGAGUACGAUCUAGACACAGGGAAAUAGCUCAUACAUAGAAACAGAGAAGUAUAAAUGUAGGUGACUCAAAGGAUAAUGAAAACAUAAAAGAAAGGUGUAAAUAACAUUUUGCCAAUCAUAACUCUUGCAUAAGAAGUGACUGAAAAGGCAUUGUUAAUUUUAUGUGCAUCUCUGUUUCAGCCCAGCUGGAUAGCUGGUUGUUUUCUGAAUUCCAUAUGCUAUCUUCAUCCUCUUUGUAUUUACAGAAUCUGACCCCUAUGGUUACAACAUAUUUCUUCUUCACCUUUAUCUGUCAUAAUACUUUUCUUUCUUCAAGAAUCCAUUUAACUACCAGCCAUUGUUCAAAAUUCACAUCCUCCAGUUAGUGCCUUCUUCCUCAAAUCAAAUAGCAUAUACUUAUUUGGUGGCAGAUUGUAUUAUCUUAUAGAACAUAAGCUACAGGCAGGUAGUUUAUAGGUAAGUUAGCUAUAAGUAAACUGAAGGUAAUAAGUAUUUAAUAUUCCCAGUGUUGAUCAUAUUGACUGUCAAACACUACAGACAGCACACUACAGCACCUUGAUAAAUGUGUUUUUUGAAUGCAUGUCCAAAGAAUAAUAAUAAUCAUACUUGGUAAUGGAUAUAAUUUAUAGAGUGCUUUAAGGUGACUCAGUAGAUAGGAGAAUGCAGAUGAGAAAGACUAGAGUUCAAAUAUGUCCUCAGAGAUUUACUACCUGUGACUCUGGGCAAAUAACUUAAUCCUUGUCUGUAUAAGACCAAAGAAGGAAAUGGCAAACCACUUAAGUAUCCUGACAAGAAAAUCCUGUGGACAGGUGGUCCAAAGGGCCUUGAAGAUCCUGACGUGACUGAACAAUUAAAGUUUAUAAAUAUAUCAUUUUAUGCUCAUAAUAAUUCUGGAUAGUAGGUGCUAUUAUUAUCUCCAUUUUAUAAUUGAAAAAACUGUGAUAUACAUGAAGAAUCACAUAGCUGAAGUGAGAUUUGGACUCAGGUAUUAUUGUUCUAUCAACUAACUGAGAUGGAUGGUCAUCAUGUAGUGAGUAGAAAAAAUAUAUAGUUAUGUAGAAUAGUUUCUCUGAAGAAUUAAUUAAUUGUCAUGGACAACAAUUGUAUGUGAAUAUGAAGAAGGCAUGAAUGGAUAGUAACUUACACUACCCAGUGAAGGGAAAUCCCACACUUAUAAAGCAUCAGAAGUUUUGAAGUGUGAGCCAUAAAAUAAGUAGUGUCAGUACCAUUUUAUUUUUUUCUUCCAGAUGAAAUGAAACUUAAUAAAUGGCAGGUGGAUGGAACAAAUGACACAACCAAUGGCCUUCUGAUGUCCAGAGCUCUAACCAUUCCAUUUGGAAUUUUUGGCUAGGCCAAUUGGAGUAGUUCAUUUACACAAUGACCAUUCCAAUCAUGCCUUCACCUACUUGGAGAUGGACUUCACUGAAGUUACAGGCCAAGGAGGUCACAGAAUCUCUCUGCAGCUAAGCUCUAUAAUUCUGGCCUUGGGAUUCAUUGUGGGUAAUGACCCGAAAAGAUCAUGUCUGAAGUACAGGGAACAGUUGAGUUUUCUGUAGAACUACACAAAUUCCACAAUGUGGAUCUUUUCCAGCGAGGGCAUUACCAAGUCCGAGUUACCUUGAAGGUUCCCUCGAGAAUUCCCCACAGAUUGAGUGUCAAGAUUGGUGGACAGACAGAGGUCUCCAACUUGGGUUCCGCAAGUGUCCAAGACAACACCGGGAAUAGUCGGAUAUUUCAAAUCUUGUACAGGAAUGAAGAAAUCGUUAUUAAUGAGCUGAUGACCUUUCGAGUACAUUUACUCUUAGACGGGGAAAGGGUUGAAAAUGCUUUAAGUGAAGUAGAUUUCCAGCUCAAGUUGGACCUUCAUUUUACGGAGAGUGAACAGCAGGCAAGGGAUUUGGCGGCGAUGCCCACCAUCAGCAGCCGUACACUGGACCUCCAUUUCCAGCCUCGAAAGGGCCUCCACCACUAUAUCCCUGUAAUGUUUGACUAUUUCCACCUGUCUGUGAUCUCCAUGACAAUCCAUGCCUCACUAGUGGCCCUGCAGCAACCACUGAUCAGCUUUACACGCCCAGGGAAAGGAUCGUGGCUGGGUAAGGGCAGCGCAGAGUCAGGUUCGGAACAGUCCAGUAUGUCCUUAGAAAGCCUUGUCUUUGGAGCUGGUUACUGCAAACCUUCUUUCUCAGAGGGAAGUUUUUAUACACCAUCUGAAAAUUGUAUGCAACAUGCAUACAAAUGGCAUCGGGACCUGUGUCACCUGCUCUUGAACACAUAUCAGGAACUAUAUGUUUAUUUCCUCAUUCUCAUGAAGGAUAUCCCAGAUUUCCCACGGAUGAAACUGGAUAAACUUGCUGUUGAAGAAACAUUAUCUCUUCUAUGCUCAGAGCUACAGAUGAUGAACAAUCCAGAGAAGAUAGCUGAGCAGAUAAGUAAGGAUCUCACUUGGCUUUGUUCCCACCUCUUGGAACUAUGGACCCAGUUCUUGGAAGUGGUAUCAAUGAACCCCGACGUCACAACAUAUCUCAACAAGGAGCACCAUGCUCUAAGGGUUAGAAGAUUUUCAGAGGCUUUCUUCUACAUGGAACAUCAAAAACUUAAUGUCCUGACAUUUCAGGAAAGUGUGAUCCAAAGACAGAGUCAGAUUGCUUUGGACGUUCGGAAUUCUGAAUACUUCACCAGCAUGCCUCCUCUCCCAGCAGAAUGCUUAGAUAUUGAUGGAGACUGGAACACCCUACCAGUCAUUUUUGAGGAUAGAUACGUGGAAUGUCCUCGGAAAGGGCAUUACUUGGGGAUUUCCCCAAAUGUUAUUUCUCCUGUUAAAACUUCCCAAAAAGUGGAACAAAAGGAAAAAGAGAAGAGUCAACAAUCAAAUGCUAAUGCAACUUCUGAGAGAACAUUCAGGGAAGAUGCUUUUUUACCAUGGAACUUUGAAGUGGACUAUCUGUGUCCUGUUACAGGUGGGGAUGUACCCAUGGACAGAUACUCACCUCCUAGUUCAGUAUCUCAGGUAUACUUGACAAUUGGUGAAACCCAAGAUGAAAUGGGUUUACCUGAAGAGUCUCCAGCACCUUGCGCAGUUGAUCCUGCAACUGACUUCAGGCCAAUUGUUUUAACACACUCUGUACCAGACUUGAGUAGAUCUGAACAGACUGUGGCUGGAGAUAGUAAUCUGGCAUCUUGCUUGACAUACAUCGAAAUGAACCCCAGCAAUAAGCACCCUGAUAAUGCUGAACCUGGGUUAGUAGUUGCUCCUCAUUAUGAGACCAGCACACCUAUAGAUAAUUACAUCAGGACUGUCUCAGAUGAAGCAGCUGCAUUUCCUCCCCCUGAGAAUGUUGUCUCCACAGACAAAGUUGUAUCACAUGAUUUAAGUAAGAAGGAGAAUCAAGAGAAUAAAACCACAUUGCUAUCACUGAGACAUCAUCCAGUGAAUUCAACUGAUUCAUUCAGCCCAAUGCCAAGAGAUCCAUUGGAUGUGAAGUCACUACCAAGGGAUCCAAAGAGUAAUGAACGGGAAGUGUUAUCUGCAUUGUCCGGGACCAUCAAAAGAUCAUCUUCAGUUAUCUCUGACUCAGGCAUUGAAAGUGAGCCAAGCUCUGUGGCUUGGUCUGAGGCCCGCAGUAGGGUUCUGGAAUUGCCCAGUGACAGAGAGGUGUUGCACCAGCUGGUAAGAAGGCAUGCUAUCCACAGAAAUUCCUUAGAAGGCGGCCACACGGAAAGCAAUACAAGCUUGCCUAGUGGUAUCCAAGCUUCCCUGACCUCCAUUAGCUCUUUGCCUUUUGAGGAGGAAGAGAGAGAAGUGGCACUUAACAAGCUAACUAAGUCAGUGUCAGCUCCUCAGAUAAGUAGCCCAGAGGAGCUGGCAGAGGACAAUGACAUAUCCAAAAGCAAUCAGGGGAAUUUGGAGACCUUGGAUGGUCACUUUCAAAAAUCUCUUGAAGAAAACCAGCAUGAGGGCAGACACAUAAAUUCCAUUAGGAACUUUCCUGGGUUUCAAAAUGACCCUCCAAAACAUGACUGUGAAGUCUUCCCUUCACUAGUGGAGAUGGCUUAUAACACAGAUCAUCCACAGGAAGAUAAGGGCUACAUGGACUUAGCAAAGGUAAAUGAUAAUCCAGAUUUUCUUUUUGGGCAUUGUAGUUUCACCUAUAGUGAACCAGUGGGCAAUGAAAAACCUUUUGUUGGAGGAGCUGAGUACUCUUCCACGGCUCAAACCAAAGAACUGACUUUAGACACAUUGCAUGUAUCUAAAGUAGAUACUAUCCAGGAUGAUGUUUCUAAUAAAGAUCGACUGGAGAAUCCACAGACUGGAUCUGAAGUUUCAAAGACUAAGAAUGACAUAUUUUCUAAUAUCAGCAUCUCAGUAAUUGAGAAUUUCCCCCAAUCCAUCCAUCAGGUGUCUGAAUUUCCCUGUAGUUCUUCUACAGAAACUAUCAGGCCAGACUCAAACAAAGACAAAAGAAGGGACUCUUGCACUGGUGAUGAUGUCCCUACCCAAGAAGGGUGCCAUAUUUUGCAGGAAGUAGAUCUAAAUGAAGUCGUCAUGGUCAACCACAGCCCACAGGUCCAUAGCAUUGAUUAUCAAUGCUUUGAAAACUUUGAAUCUAAACAGGUUGCUAAUAGCAACAACUUCCAUUUGGCCAGCACUGAGGCACUGACAUUGGACACAAGAAAGACUGUGGAAGUGGUUAAUUUAUCUGUUUCCUGCACAGCUACGUGUCUUCCUUUUUCCUCUGUGGUUAAGGAAGCUCCUGCUAAGGCUGGACUUUCUUCUAAACAAAAUGCAUUCCCAAUUACCCACCAGCCUGUGGGUUCCUUUGGGGUAGUCUCAUGUGAUGCAAGAGCCUUGGAAGAAGAAGUCAAUGAAAGAAUGUUUAGUUUUUAUCAGGCCAAAGAGAAAUUUAAAGAAGAGCUGAAUAAUGAAGAGUGUCUGUACAGUGACUUGUCUGUACUAGCUUCUGACUUGCCAUAUUUUCCACCAGAGGAAGAGGAAGAGAACUUGGAAGAUGGGAUUCAUCUGGUUAUCUGUGUCCAUGGGCUGGAUGGUAACAGCGCAGACCUCCGUCUUGUAAAGACAUUUAUUGAACUGGGCCUUCCUGGAGGAAAAUUGGACUUUCUGAUGUCUGAGAGGAAUCAGAGUGACACCUUUGCUGACUUUGACACAAUGACAGACCGAUUACUAGAUGAGAUCAUUCAGCAUAUCCAGUUGUAUAAUCUAUCCAUUUCUCGAAUCAGCUUUAUUGGCCAUUCCCUUGGCAACAUCAUCAUCCGAUCAGUAUUGACUCGGCCUCGUUUUCGGUAUUACCUCAACAAGCUACAUACCUUUCUCUCUCUCUCUGGGCCUCACUUGGGGACGCUUUACAACAAUAGUGCCCUUGUUAGCACAGGUUUGUGGCUAAUGCAAAAGCUGAAGAAAUCCGGAUCCCUUUUACAGCUGACCUUCAGGGAUAACACGGAUUUGCGCAAAUGUUUCCUGUACCAACUGAGCCAAAAGACAGGCCUUCAGUAUUUUAAAAAUGUUGUGUUGGUUGCUUCUCCUCAAGACCGGUAUGUGCCAUUUCAUUCAGCAAGAAUUGAAAUGUGUAAAAUGGCACUCAAGGACAGACAUACAGGCCCAGUUUAUGUUGAGAUGAUUAACAACCUUCUCCAACCUCUGAUAGAAGCCAAGGAUUGCACUGUAAUUCGACACAACGUGUUCCACUCUCUGCCCAACACUGCCAAUGCCCUGAUCGGCCGAGCUGCCCACAUAGCUGUGCUGGAUUCUGAACUGUUCCUGGAGAAAUUUUUCUUGGUCACGGGACUCAACUAUUUCAAAUAAUGGCUUUAGGGGAAUCAACUAGGGACCUGUGUAAUACCCCCAAAAGUAACCAGUGCACUUUUUUCAGUAUCAUCCAGACCUUUAGCUGAAACACGGCUUUUUAGACUUGGGAGCCCCAUACUAAACAUUGAGAUAGGAGCCCCAUUUGUAUUUUUGGUGGAAAGUGGAAAGGAGAAGGCCUUAAGAGAAUGAUUAGAGAUAUUGAAGUCACUUCUAUCUCAGCUUAGAAAAGCUAAGCAAAUAGUUAGUUAUCAAAUUGUAGGUUGUCAUUUGUCUGGUGACUGACUCAAAGUCUCUUUCCAGAUCCUUUACAGGAACAAGAAGAAAAAAAAAAUAAGUAUUGGGAGAGAGGUGGUGGGACCAGUGUCAUAAUCUUAAUAUCAUAGAACAAAGGCUUUCUCCUCCAUUUAACUUGAUUUGUCCAAAGCAUUACCAGCUUGAGUGUUUGUUGGUUGAUACAAGUGCAUAGAAACAUUUCAGAACUCAGGUUAAAACUUCUUUUUGUGUGUGUAGAACUGGAGAUUAUUUAUGUGCAAAGAAUCCUUUAUAAAUUCUUUUGUGCCAUCUCUGUUUAAAAAAAUGUGAUCUCCAUUCCAUCAUUCCUUUUCAUAUGUGGUUAAAGAGUUAUUCUUCAUUAAAAAAAACUUUUUUUGGGUAGGGGUGGGAAAAUGGGGGAGGGAGGGAGUAAGGUAAUUCAUCAAUGAUCUUAAGUAUCCUGCAAAUAAAAAUACCCACGAAGAGUAUAUUAGGCCAGUUAGUCCAGGUAACUUUUUUUGGAUCCCUGCUUAAAAUGCUGGUCUAAAUCAUACUUUUAUCAUUGGGGAUAUUUUCAUCUUUGUUUUCCAUCUGGGAUAGUUUUUUACAAGAAACUGAAAUCACUGUACUCAAAAUAGAGCCUGCUAUACAUGGGUUUGAUGGCAACUAUUGGAAUCAUCCAAAGAAAUGCCAACGUAAAAUUUAGUGCUACUGAGGGGAGUAAUGAAAAAAAAGGAAGACCAUUAAAAUGGCCAACUGUUCCUCCCUCAUAAAAAAAAGACAUCAAAAUUAAGGAAUGAAGAAUUGAAAUUCCAACCCAAGGACAAUGAGCAUACUCUGAAGUGUCAUAUUGCCUUCAGAAAAGUCUUAAAAACUCACCCAGAUGACAAAAGACAAGCAGAUAGAAAAGUGACAAGAUAAGUUCAGAGAAAAUAGCAAUGCACUGGGUAGAGAGGACCCAGGUCCAAUUUCCAAUUCUACAUCUUAUUAGCCAGAUGAUCAUAGGCAAGUCACUCAAUCUCUAUGAGCUUUAGCGUCCUCAUCUUUGAAAUAAGCACUUUUGACUAGAAUAACUCUAAGCUACAAGCCAACUUGAAAAGAUUUUGAGAACAAGGACAAUUCCAAUGAGAUCUGAAAGAAAGUUUAUAAAUAACUUGAGAAAAAAAUUUCAAGCACCAUUGAUUUAGUCUUACUUUCCAGUAAAGAACUGAGAUUUCUGAAUGCUAUCCAAGUAUCUUAACUUUUAAGUAGAAUUAAGAAGUGAUUUAAAAGCCACUGGUAGAGGAUAUUUCCUUUUGGAUGCAAAUGGAGAUGAUGCUUCAUGCUUGUACUCUGAAAGAAUCCCAUUCAUCAAAAGUAGUAAUACUCCUUCAAGAAAAUUCAUUGAAACUGGCUCCAAGUACCUGUAUGACAAAAUUUUGGAACAUUGUUUUAGCUUACAGAUAAUUCUUCCCUCUGACUUGUGUUCCAUUAAUCUCAUAGUAGUAAGUUGUUACCAAAAAAUAAAUCAUAGAAUUAUAGAAUUUUAGAGCUUGAGGGUACAGUAGGAAAUAGAAUGUUUAAGCUGAAAAGGACAUGAGUACAGAGAUUAUUAUACAGUGUCCUUAGAACUUAAAAUGUCACACAUAUAAGAAAUCUUUAGGACCAGGUGUUGCAGUUGUUCUAUAUGAGGGGUGAAGAAAUUGAAGUCCAUAAAGUUUAAGUGACUCAUUCAAGUAUACACAGAUAGUAAGUGCUAGAGCGACAACUGGAGCCAAGGUCCUUCCAAUUAAUUACUGGUUCCAUAUUUUCAGAAAGCCUACAGUUGGUUACAAGCAAACAAUCAUCUCCCUCAUGAUAAGGUACAAUCUCUGGCUCUCUCUCUUUUUAGAGGAAAAUGAUUUCUAUAAAGCCCAAUGAAAUCUCCCAUUUCUCUGAAUGCCCAGCACUAAGAUUUUAUGAUGCAUGUUUACCCCAGGAGAAAGGCUCACAGUUUAUAGCAAUGUCCCCAUCUUGGCCAAAUGCAUCCUUUCCCAUGAACACAUCAGUCUUGCCAUUGCAUGUCUAUGAACCUGUCUGUGAUAUGUGUCAAUGUGUGAUCAUUUGAAGGCCUUCCGAGCCAGUGGCUAUAAAGCCAAAAUGAAUACUACACGUAUUGUCCAUUUCAAUAAGAUUUUUUUUUUAAAUCUCCAAUGUGCUGCCUAAACAAACUGAUAAAAAUACUGGCAAUAAUAAAUAGUUCAGCAAUGCAAUGA